AUGGGUUACCUGAGCAAUGCAUAUGAUGAAAAUAUUCAGCAGACUGAUCCUGGUGCAGUGAUACGCAAAGGAAAUGAAAUUCUAUUGCAGGCUUUCAACUGGGAGUCUCAUAAGUAUGGCUGGUGGAGGAAUUUAGAGAACAAGGUUCCUGAUAUUGCAAAAUCUGGGUUUACAUCGGCUUGGUUGCCACCAGCAACUCAUUCAUUUGCACCUGAAGGUUACCUUCCGCAAAAUCUUUAUUCUCUCAAUUCGUCAUAUGGGUCCGAGCACCAGCUAAAAGCUCUACUUCAAAAAAUGAAGCAGUACAAAGUUAGAGCAAUGGCUGACAUAGUCAUCAAUCAUCGUGUUGGAACUGCCCAGGGGCAUGGUGGGAUGUAUAACCGUUAUGAUGGAAUUCCAAUAGCAUGGGAUGAACUUGCUGUUACAUCUUGUACUGGUGGAUUGGUUACCUUCCGCAAAAUCUUUAUUCUCUCAAUUCGUCAUAUGGGUCCGAGCACCAGCUAA